AAUUUAACUCAUUUAAUUAAACAAAUGGCUUCCAGUACAAAAAUACUCCUGCGUAAUCUUGAAAGGUCAAAACAGAAUUCAUUUGGGACUCAAGAGUCUAACCAGUGGGCGGGUAAAACCAGUAAAUGCAGCACGAUGGAGAGAAUAUCAGUAUACUGUGCAAGCAAAUAUAGAAAAAGGAAUAGAAACAGCACAACCUUGAUCAAAAUCUAAAUAUAUAUAACAUAAGAAGAAACUCUUUAAUUCUGUCUCUUCUAAUCCUACCUUUCUUUUUUCUUUUUUGAUUGGCAAAGGCAAGAUUAAUAGUAUUGGAACGGCUUACCAGACAGAGGUAAUUACUAAGCAAAAGAGUGAUCAUGGAGACAAGAAAUUCACUACCAGUAGCGGUUGAUGAAGAAGAGAGCGCUGAGAAUCGAGGAAGUAUGUGGGAUUUAGACCAGAAACUUGAUCAACCCAUGAAAGAAGAAGAAGCUGGAAGGCUCAAGAAUAUCUACUACACACAAAAAGAAUCUUCGUCACUAUUAGUAAUGAGACUAGCAUUCCAGAGUCUUGGAGUGGUCUACGGAGACUUGGGCACAUCUCCUUUGUAUGUUUUCUAUAAUACGUUUCCUGAAGGAAUCAAGGAUCCAGAGGAUGUUGUUGGAGCAUUAUCCUUGAUUAUAUAUUCUCUUACUCUCAUUCCACUCAUCAAGUACGUCUUUGUUGUGUUAAGGGCAAACGACAAUGGUCAAGGCGGAACAUUUGCUAUUUAUUCACUACUAUGUCGACAUGCAAAAGUGGAUACCAUCCCGAACCAACACCCAACGGAUGAGCAGCUAAGUACAUACAGUCGUCAUAUAUUCCAUGAGAAAUCAUUUGCUGCUAAGACCAAGAGAUGGUUGGAAGCGACAGCAUUAAGGAGAAAUCUACUUCUAAUGCUUGUUCUUGUUGGGACGUGCAUGGUUAUUGGAGACGGGAUCUUAACUCCAGCCAUAUCAGUUCUUUCGGCUGUUGGAGGGGUCAAGGAAGAUCUCCCCAGCAUGAGCAGCGAUGUAGUGCUAGUUGUUUCGUCUGUCAUAUUAGUUGGUUUCUUCAGCAUGCAGCAUUACGGAACAGAUAGAGUUGGAUGGCUCUUUGCUCCAAUUGUCCUGCUUUGGUUUCUUUUGAUUGGAGGCAUUGGCGCUUUCAAUAUAUGGAAAUAUGAUAGCUCAGUUCUAAGAGCUUUUUCUCCGGUUUAUAUUUAUAGAUACUUCAAACGAGGAGGUUGGAGUUCCCUUGGAGGAAUCAUGCUUAGCAUCACUGGCACAGAAGCUCUAUUUGCUGACCUGACCCAUUUUCCUGUAUCGGCUGUUCAACUAGCUUUCACGAUGCUCGUGUUCCCUAGCCUUUUAUUGGCUUACACAGGACAGGCUGCUUACAUUACCAAAAAUCCGGAUCAUGUGGUUGAUGCAUUCUACCGUUCUAUACCAGAAAGCAUAUACUGGCCAGUGUUUAUUAUCGCAACAGGAGCAGCUAUUGUUGCAAGUCAGGCCACUAUAUCCGCAACUUUUUCAAUAAUCAAGCAGGCUCUUGCACUUGGUUGUUUCCCAAGGGUGAAAGUUGUUCAUACAUCAAAGAAAUUCCCUGGGCAGAUAUACAUUCCGGAUAUCAAUUGGAUUCUUAUGCUUAUGUGCAUUGCGGUUACCGUCGGAUUUAGAAACCAAAGCCAGAUCGGAAAUGCUUAUGGAACCGCAGUUGUGACGGUUAUGCUUGUAACGACAUUUCUUAUGAUACUGAUAAUGUUACUUGUAUGGCGGAGUCACUGGAUUCUGGUUGUGAUCUUCACUGUCUUAUCAUUAAUCGUCGAAUGCACAUAUUUCUCAGCAGUACUUUUAAAAGUAAAUCAAGGCGGUUGGGUUCCUCUUGCGAUAGCUGGAGCAUUUCUUAUCAUCAUGUAUGUGUGGCAUUAUGGAACCGUAAAGCGUUACGAAGUUGAGUUGCACAGUAAAGUAUCCAUGGCUUGGAUACUCGGUUUGGGACCGAGCUUAGGAUUAGUACGGGUACCAGGUAUUGGACUAGUGUACAAUGAAUUAGCAAGUGGAGUUCCUCAUAUCUUCUCUCACUUGAUCACAAAUCUCCCUGCAAUUCAUUCAGUUGUCAUUUUUGUCCGCGUGAAGUAUCUCCCUGUCUACACUGUACCUCAAGAAGAACGGUUUCUUGUAAGGCGAAUCGGACCCAAAGAAUUCCACAUGUUCCGGUGCGUGGCCAGGUAUGGUUACAAGGAUCUUCACAGGAAAGACGAUGAUUUUGAGAAAAAGCUCUUUGAAAGCGUUUUCGUGUUUGUUAGACUUGAAUCUAUGAUGGAAGGAUGUACAGACUCGGACGAGUACAGUUUGUAUGGAGAUCCCCGAACACUGAAGUCUGGAGAUUACCAGUUAACUGAGAAUAGAAACAUGAUAUCUCUGAAUGUGGACAGUGCCGUAACUACUUCGUCAGGAAGUGACGGCAUUGUACCUGCAAAAUCUCCAGAACUAAUAAACUUCUUGAGUUCAGCUGGGCAGCAGACAAGUCAUGAGAUGACGGAGUUGGAUGAGCUGGAGUACCUGAAAAGCUGCAGGGAUGCAGGUGUGGUACAUAUACUUGGGAACACGAUAGUAAGAGCAAGAAGAGACUCGAAAUUCCUUAAGAAGAUAUCGAUCGAUUACAUUUAUGCCUUCCUAAAGAGGGUUUGCAGAGAGAAUAGCGUAAUAUUCCAUGUACCUCAUGAAAGUAUGUUGAACGUUGGCCAAAUAUUCUAUGUAUGA